CCCACCCAGAGAUAAAGAUAAGAGAGCUAGAGAAGUAUUUAUAGACCAAACCAGCCAGUUAAACUCAAAUCCACCUUUGUUUUUUCUAUGGACUUUCAUCUCAGGCAAUGGAGAAACCAGCAGCAUGAGUCAGAGGAACAACAGCCCUAUCCUUCUGCUGCAAAGAUACCAAAACUUGAGCCUCUUCAGACCCAAACACAACCUGAACCAGCUUCUGGCUAUGCUCUCCCUUUGUUUGUACCUGAACCAAACACCAAAGUCAUCAGCAGCAGCCUGUCAGCAUUUUCUGAUUCUACUACUACCACUACUACACCAGCUUCUUCUGCCACCAGAUUUCCCAGAAUGGGGAGCUUCUUCAGCAUGAGUCAGUGGCAAGAACUUGAGCUGCAGGCUUUGAUAUUCAGGUACAUGCUGGCUGGUGCUGCCGUUCCUCCUGAGCUUCUUCAGCCAAUCAAGAGAAGCCUUCUGCAUUCUCAAUUUUUCUUCCAAUACCCUCUUCAACAGUACCCUGCUUUGAUGCAAUCGGGUUAUUGGGGAAGAGGGUCCAUGGAUCCGGAGCCGAACAGGUGCCGGAGGACAGACGGCAAGAAAUGGCGGUGCUCUAAAGACGUGGUGGCCGGUCAGAAGUACUGCGAGCGCCACGUGCACCGCGGACGAAACCGUUCAAGAAAGCCUGUGGAAGCAACAACCACCACCGCCGCCACAAACGCCGCCGCAGGCGGUGGCGGAACUCUUGCUGGUACCAAGAACUCAGCCGUGACUGUUGCCUCGUCGGUGGGAAAUGGGUCGGAUGGGACCCAUUUUGCUCUUUCUGGGUCAUCACCUUCCAUUGAUCUGCUCCAGCUCAACCAGAGGGAGGCUUCGGGAGGUGUUCAAUCCGACAGCCAUGUAUUGCGGCCGUUUUUUGAUGACUGGCCGGGACAGCUUCAAGAACCGGACAACGGGAGAAGCAAUGCUUCUUCAUUGAACUCGACAACCUCCCUCUCCAUUUCACUGAAGUUGUCCACCGGCAAUGGAGUAGAACCAAGCCAAGAGAGUGGGCAGCCGCAGUUGAAUUGGCCAAUGGGAUGGGGAUCAAACCAAAUGGCUUCGAUGGGAGGGCCUCUUGCGGAGGCGCUGCGCUCCUCCAACUCCCACUCCCACUCCAACUCCUCACCAAAGUUGCCUCGCGGCUCUAUCUCCGAAACUAGCUUCAUCAGUACCUGA